AUGCCUAAUCCUAUUAAGCUACUUGACCCUGCAUAUGGAUGCUAUGUAUGGCCCUCAGCGUUUGUUCUCUCUGAAUAUAUUUGGGCGCGGAGGAAUCUAUUUAGAGAUAAAACUAUAAUAGAAAUAGGCGCCGGAACUUCAUUACCUGGAUUUCUAUGUGCAUCACUUUCUCCUGAAACGCACGUUAUAUUGACCGACAGGCCAGAUGUUCCACAAAUACUCGAAAAUAUACACGAGGGAGCUCGGCUAAACGGCCUAAUAGAUUCAACCGAGAAUCACAAAUCUGAGGGAGAUAAUAAACCAUUGCGACAAAAUGUUUGGAUAAGAGGGUUAAAGUGGGGAGAGAUGUUUCUUCAGUGUGAUGACGAUCACGAAGAGGGCCUGCUGAAAUUGAUACGUGACAUUGAACAGUCUGGAAAAAAGUUGGAUUGGAUUUUGGGUAGCGACACAUUUUAUGAUCCAAAAGAUUUUGAGGAUCUUAUUGUAACCGUCGCUUAUAUAUUAACCUAUCACUCACCGAAUGCAAGGUUUAUAACUUCAUACCAAGAGCGAAGUUCAAAACGUUCCAUCCAAUAUCUUCUGGAUAAGUGGAAGCUCGAGUCUCGUCAAAUACCUCUUAAAUCGUUCGACUUUGAUUAUGAUAAAUAUGCCACUAGUUUGAGCUUUGCAUUUGAUGACAAGGAUGAAUCGAUCAAUGAAGGAAGAGAAUCCACGGACACUAGUGAAGAUGAUGAAACAAAUCCUUUAGAAAAAGAUUCAAAGAAAGGAAAUGACCUUUUAAGUGACCACUUGGAUAAAGCUGCCUACUCCGCUUCAUUGCAAAGUAUUUUCUUGUUAGAAAUUCGGAAAUCCUCAUGA